AUGAGCAAAAUAGGGUCAGUUUCUGGUCUGCGGGCGAUGUUCGAGAGCGGCAACAAGGAGGAUACACCCGAACGAGGGAGGUCACCAGGUUUAUCUGCAGGCACAGAAUCACCUCGCCCGCUGUCCAAGAUUCGAACCAAUUUUGUCGCAGUUGUUGAAAAAGACGGCAGAGUGGGACUAAAGCGAGACCCCAGCUCUGAUUCCGUACUUUCCAACUCGAAGAAAACAUCCGACGACACAGAUAUCCCAUCAACCACCGCUUCAAGAUCACAGUCAGCGCAGGACACACCCCCAUCCUUUACCGAUCGACUUCAGCAACAGAACAAGCCAUUUCAAAUGGAGCCGAUUCCCCAAUCACCGCUGCACGACUCACCCAAACCGGGCCAGAAUGCCACAUUCGCUCAGCGGACGCCACCAGUCCCAGGCAAAGUUGCUUCUGGUGCAGACGAUGACAAGCCUACGGGUCCGGCAGAAGCCGAGGGCUCGACGACAACUUCCAAAGCUACAAAGCCCGAUCAGAAUCAAAAUCUCAAUGGAAAGACGGCUGUCGAGAGGGACAAGGCCAAGGCUGUAGCCAAGGCUUCUCCCGCAAAGGAAGGGGCCAAAGCAGAUAACGGCAAGACCGACGCCAAAGGGCCAAAAGCACUAUCAGUAACGACAACGAAAAGUAGCGGUCGUCCGGCGAAGUCUCCCAUUGCAACCAAAACCCCAACCAGCCCAGCCAAGGGUCCUAAGCUAUCGGCCAAGACUCCGGAGAAGAGGACUUUGGAGCCUCAAAAGUCUGCUACGCCGAAGCUUACCCCUAAGGCGGCUAGUAAAGCAACAGGGUCUGGCAGUGCUAAGGAUUCCGGCGCAAAAACCAGCUCUGUAACCAAGAAACCGCCUACGGUUCAGAUUUCCCCAUCUGAUAGCCUUGAUCGAGGUGUGGGAUUCGUCAAGCCCAAGCCGAAGUCUCCAACGCGGCCUGUAGCUCUCCCCGCAGGUCUUACAACGCACACGGCUGCAUCUGCCACUAGGACAGGAACCGGUCGGCCUUCAUCGUCGCGGCAGUCUGGUACCUACCAGAAUCCCGAGUCAAGGUCUCCGAGUAGGACCAGCGCGGCCACAGGUCGCACUUUGAGGAGGCAGAGCUCCACCAUCAAUCGACCGAGGCCAAGCAUUGGUCCUCCGCCCAAGGCCGCGGCCAUCGACCACCCUGUCACAAAGCGGGAGAAGGCGGUGGACGAGGGCUUCCUUGCGCGCAUGAUGCGCCCAACACAGGCUUCGAGUUCCAAGACGCACGAGAAGGUUGCGGCAAGCCCCCCUCGUAAGAAUCCAGGUAGUUCCAAUGCGGCGAAGCGCUCUGUUGCCAGCAAAGACACCACCACAGGCGCCGCCAAGAAGAUAGUAUCUAAGACUGAUGCGCCGAUGAGGAAGGCCUCGUCCAAACCUAUCGUGGCCAAACAGCCUAGCGAGCUUGAAGAAAAGGUCGCCCCACAAACAGAUACAGCCUCAAAGACGACAAGUAAGCCGAAGUCGCAGGGAGUUGGUGGCAAGGCUGGAGGCAAACCGGAGGCUGCGAAGGCUCCAGAGCCAGUGCCUCAGACAGCACCAGCGCUUGAGGCGAAGCCAGCGGCCGAGCCGGAGCCGGUGCCCCAGGCCAAGACCCCGGAACCCAAGACCGAUGAGUCCGAAGUCUUUCCGGCAGGAGCUCCCGCGGUGGAUACUGUCGUGGACGAAGAAUCCGAGACGAGCCAGCCAGCUGUGGAGCUAGCGAAAGAGUAUUUAAACCCGGAAACUGCCCAGGCGACUCACCUAGCCGAUCCUGUCGAGAUUAUUCCUUCUGAGGAUGUUCCUGUCGCGACCAAACCCAUCUCUGUUGAUAACGAGGCUUCAGUAGAGCCUGCUCCGGCUGCACUUGAUGACAAUCUGGCAGAUACAAGCUCUGAGAAGGCACCGACAGAGCCCAAGACGCCCGUGGACGUGACUGAUGAUCAGCAACCCACCGGUAUCACUGAGGGCUCGUCUGAACAGGAAGUCAAGCCGACCAACGAGCCGGGCUUGGAAAAGGGAGAGGAAGUUACGACGGUGGUAGCCAACUGA